AUGGGCCAAUCGGUGUGUGUCCUUGUUGGACUCUUCGCAAGCUUCGUCUUAAUGCUGUUGAUUGUAUAUUACAAUUUUCCUGAAAUGGACGAAAAACAUCGAAAGGACUUCAAAUAUCCCAGAACUUUGGAAGAUGCGAAAAGUCUUGGAAGAGUCUUGCUUCAUUAUAGAGAUCAACACAUCCUAACAGUUUUCUUUGGAGUAGUUGUAGUAUAUAUUAUGCUUCAGUCAUUCGCCAUUCCAGGAUCGAUUUUUUUAACAAUAUUAUCUGGUUAUCUCUUCAAUUUCUUCAUAGCUUUACUUCUUGUAUGCACUUGUUCUGCUACAGGAGCUUCAAUAUGUUACCUAUUAUCAUAUUUAUUCGGUCGGGAACUUGUCCUUCGAAAAUUCCCUGAUCGUGUACGAAAAUGGCAAGGUGAUAUAGCAAGUCACAGGGAGAAUUUACUCAGUUACAUAAUUUUUCUACGGGUUACUCCAUUUCUACCUAACUGGUUCAUUAAUAUAGCCAGUCCAGUAUUAGAUGUUCCUUUAGGGGUGUUUUUCCUUGGUACAUUUCUUGGUGUAGCACCUCCUAGUUUCCUUUAUAUUCAAGCUGGUUCAACUCUGGAAAAAAUGGUUCAUACUAACGUGACAUGGAAUUUGCACUCUGUUCUUCUCUUGACUUUCUUUGCUCUACUCUCUCUUGUACCUGUACUGUAUAAGCGUUUUAAAAUAAAGCAGGAUUGA